GUCUCUCUGGCAGAAGGAUUACAGCUGCUGUUGUGAGUGGACUGUCACCUCCUGGGCUCUGCUGCUGUCCCCGCUGCUGUCGGCUUAGCAAGGAGAUGAGCUUCUUGUUUGGCAAUCGUUCUUCAAAGACUUUUAAGCCAAAAAGGAGUAUUCCCGAAGGCUCCCACCAGUACGAGCUGCUGAAACAUGCAGAAGCUACUUUGGGAAGUGGAAACCUGCGUAUGGCUGUCAUGCUACCGGAGGGAGAAGAUCUCAAUGAAUGGGUGGCAGUGAAUACUGUGGAUUUUUUCAACCAGAUCAAUAUGUUAUAUGGAACCAUUACAGAUUUCUGUACAGAGGAGAGCUGCCCAGUAAUGUCCGCUGGCCCCAAGUAUGAAUACCAUUGGGCUGAUGGAACUAAUAUAAAGAAGCCAAUUAAAUGUUCUGCCCCCAAAUAUAUUGAUUAUCUAAUGACCUGGGUCCAAGAUCAACUUGAUGAUGAAACUCUAUUCCCCUCAAAAAUCGGUGUUCCUUUCCCGAAGAACUUUAUGUCUGUAGCUAAAAUUAUAUUAAAGCGACUUUUCCGAGUCUAUGCCCACAUCUAUCACCAGCACUUUGAUUCAGUGAUCCAGCUUCAGGAAGAGGCACAUCUGAACACAUCAUUCAAGCACUUUAUUUUUUUUGUUCAGGAAUUCAACUUAAUUGACAGAAAAGAGCAAGCUCCUCUGCAGGAACUAAUUGAAAAGCUGACAUCCAAGGACAGAUAAGAUUCAAGCCAUUGAAGCACAGAGGCCUUUCAUUCAAGCAAGCGUUGUUUUAUUUUGUUCCAUUUAUAACAGCCAAAACCUAUUUUAUUUUAGCGUGUGUGCUUAGAGGGAAUGUGAUGUACCUAAUUUAUUGCCUUCUAGUGAUUCCAGUUGAUUGUAUUUAUACAUACCCAUGUACAAAGGAGAAGGAAUCUGUAAGACCCUGUAAUAAUUUGCACACUUUUACUGCACUGAAGAGGUUGUUAAGUAUACUGUGCCUAAUUUAAACACACCUCAACCCUUUCACAACCACUACAAGUUGCACAUUUACAUGAAUGCUUGCUGAUUUUCUAUCUAGUGUAGUAUAUUAACCUAACAGAACAUGAGACCUGAUUUGUAGAAUGUCUGGUUUGCCUAUAUAAAUCAGUGUGACGUUAGUUAGACUGGGAAGAUUGAUUUGGAAGCCAGGAACUAUUGCACACUUUCAUGUUCUGUAAGCAUCUAAUACUAACCGUUGGAAAUGGGUAAUAUUUCAGGAACCCAUAUUUAUGGCAUUUUCGUUCCUGAUUUAUACUCUGUGGAGCUAAUUUGUUCAAGCUUGAGAACUAAGGCAGCAUUUAUAAGGUCACGUUUCAUAUCGAUUGCUUGUUCUAGUAAUGCUUGCCUUAAGAUAAUUCAGUAAAUACAUUAUACUUCAUUUAAGAUCAAAGAAGAGUAUUGAGUGGUCAAAUAUAAACUACUGCAUUCAUUUGUACACUGACUUUGUAGCAAGUAGCUGAUAACCAAUAAUAGAGAUGCAAUGAGUAACAGAAAAACUAUUACUUUCAUUAGAAAAGCAAUAUUUUAAAUAAUUAUAUAAAAAAAAGUUUUAAUAAACAGGAUUUGGUAAGUAAUUUUUCAGUAGCAGGUAUAUGAAACCAAUAUAGUAAGAUACUAUAUAUAAUACAAUAAAUAAUGGACUGUGCUGUGUCCAGACCCUUGUACAUAAGUGUAGGUGCCUGCAUUUGAACACUGUUCCAUUCAUUCUGCAUAGAACACAGAGAUUCAAAUAGGGCUCAUUCACCCUGAUAGAUAUUUUUUGUGCAUGCAAACCAGUUAAGGUGGAACAUGAUUUUCUGCAGAGGUCAUUUUGCAUGUAUCAUUUUGCGUUCCACAUGAUCUUUAUCAUUAGGCAGAAUUACAUUUUGCACUUUUUAAAAAUUUUCAUUUUGUGGAAUGAGUUAAGCUGGGACAACUGUGAAUAAUUCUACUGGGUGAUGUAGCUAGGUUGGAACUUGGACACAUAGGGCAACAUUCAGUUGUUUUGAGUGCUGGCAGCCAGUAGAUGGCGCCCAACAGGGCUAUUCAAUUGUUGCUCCGCUCGGAAGCGAUCAGCUGCUGGCGACUUUAUUUCAGCUCGCAACCCAGAGGGGGUGGCAAGCUAAAAUGUGCAAAAAGUGAGCACCCAAACGGGACUUUUCACAUUGCGCCUAUUAUUUUGGUCAGGUUUAUCUGCUUUACAUGACUAAACUCAACCUCUCUUGGCACAAUGCGCGUGAUAAAAAAAGCACAAUUGAAUAUAACUUUAGAGGGGAGAUUGGGUGCAAUAAACAAUUGAAUUCCACCCCACAAUGUCAAAUUCCAAAACUUUGUAGCUAAAUGUGGAUUAAGGCUAGUAAAACACAGAAUAAUUUGGAACAUUUAGCAUCUAGUCUUUACUAUAGGAAUCUUUACUUCAUGCUCUGUUUGUAUAUCAUUCACCUCAAGGUGAGGAGGACACAGCUAAGGUGUGAGCUAUAUACCUAAAGGUGCCCAUUGUCUUCAGUUGUACCAGCCAGUUAGAUAGACUCAGGUCUAAAUUAACUUCAAAUUGUAGUGUGAAUGGAACCACAAAUUUGGCACUAAAUCAACAUCUCAUCAGGACCACUCAGAUCUUGACACAGGCGGCUGGUAAAAUGACUGAAUGAUGUUCACAUUUGGAUGUGUGUGCGGUUACAGACCAGCUGCAUUAACUGUACCAUUCCAAUAGGAUAUGGAAGUUGAAUGUUAAAAAAUAAAACACCUAUUUGAUAUAGUAUUAAAGUCACGUUUAAAUGAUAGCACAGUAUGUACAGUAAUUUCGAAACUGUAAUUACCUAUAUAUAUUGAUAUAAUAUUUGAUGGAGAGACAUUAUUUUGUUCUUCCAUGUUUUGGUUUUCAUCUCAGACACACUUUCCAUAGAAAAAUAAACAAUGUUCCCCUAUAUAUACUGCGAACCUCUGGAUAUAUUAAUAUCAUUUAGACAGAGGUUGCAUUUCAAUGAUAUCGCUAUGGAGGGCAACAUGAUCCAAGCUAUGUUAACUAUUUUCUUUCUUUAUUUUUUUUUAAAAACACUGAAUAAUGACAAGUAUAUGCAAAUAAUGACAUUGAAACAAAUCUAAUGUAAUUAGUAGCCAAAUUUCCAGGGUCUUCCCAAAUUCUGUUCAAGGUGCUGCUAUCUGAUAGCAAACUAUUACCAAGAAGAGGCUGCUUUCAUCACUCCUGGUGCCUACAGCGCAGUAAUAUAGGCAAGGGCAAAUGCAGGAUUUCUAGAGGGGGGUUUCCAAAUGCUUGAUUUUCUUAUUUUGUGAUCCGCACACGGAAGGGGUAUAAUUAGCACAUAGCAAACUAUUGUCUGCCUCAUACAAAAUGCAGUGUAUUUAAUACAUGAGACAUAUACAGGGCAAGACAUUACAUGCGGCAGUAGGGCCAGCUUGCAUAGUCUUGAGAGCAUUGAAGCAAAUCCGGAAGUUUGGGCAGCGGCAGAUGAACCUUGCACCAGAACUGGACAUAUAUGUACUGUACACAUUGGCAUUCGUAUACAAUGGAUUUUGUAUGUAUUACAGCAUCAAUAAUUAACAUUGUAGAUGGUUUACAGUAUUAAUUUCCCAAUCUAUGGGCCAUAUUCGGUUGCGAACAAAAUUUUCAUGAACCCCGGGGUUUUCCUGCAGUCGUGAGGUUUUUCUGUUGCCUGAGAGCAAUUCAGUCGCAGUAAUUUCUGUAGGUAUCACUGUCACUUUUUUGUCACAGCCCCGGAUCAGAUGCAAAGUCAGGGAAAAUCCUUAUUUUAAGGUAAAAAUGUUGGAACUUUGUUCAGAAUCCCUGAGAUUGCACAUCUAAUUGGAUAUGCCCCUGAGUACUCAGGGACCCUUAGAAGUGCAUGUUUUCUAAGUUGGUGCACAGGUUUAUUCAUUAUUGCCUGACACAUUUUAAAAUAGCUAAUUGUGAUACUGAGGAAAUAUGUAAAACGUGCAGUUAGGGUUCUCUGAAGUCCAAAUUUAGGAAUCAUUAGUCUUUUGAUCAGACUGUAGGAGAGAGUCUAAAAAGAAACCUUCUGUAUCAAAUAUAUUUGUUUCACAUAAAUAACAUACAUUACUGAGCUUUCUAAGAACACAUUCGUCCCACCACAUGUUAAGACAUGUGUCUCUACUUGAUGGCAGCUGUUCUCUGGUCCAAUGCUCUGAAUGAUCCACACACACAGAGCAGACUUGAUAGGAGAACACUUCUUUUCACAUAUCGAUAGGCUGGUUCUUAGUGAACCAUAAAUAUUUGGUUGACUCCAAGAAAAAUGGUUAUUUCCAUUCUGUAUAGCUGACAGGUACACAUUACGUUUUGUUUUGUUUUUUUUAGCAUUUAAAUUAUAAUAGUAUAUUUAUUAUGGUUUUAAAGACCAACAGUUAAGCUCCCACAAGCUUAACAAAGGCAAAUCCAACGGGCUUAGUAAAAGUUCCAAAUAUAUACUACAGUACUAAAGCAAAUACUUUGCUACUAGCUUUUAAACAUAUACAGGUUGAGUAUCCCAUAUCCUAAUAUUCCAAAAUACGAAAUAUUCUGAAAUACGGAAUUUUUUGAGUGAGAGUGAAAUAGUGAUACCUUUGUUUUCUGAUGGCUCAGUGUACACAACCUUUGUUUAAUACACAAAGUUAUUAAAAAUAUUGUAUGAAAUUACCAUCAGGCUGUGUGUGUAUAAGGGGGGUCAUUCCUAGUUCGCUCAUUAUUUUUUUGUUGCAACGGAGCGAAUAGUCGCUAAUGCGCAUGCGAAAUGUCCGCAGUGCGACUGCGCCAAGUAAAUUUGCUAUGCAGUUAGGUAUUUUACUCACGGCAUUACGAGGAUUUUUCUUCGUUCUGGUGUGAUUGACAGGAAGUGGGUGUUUCUGGGUGGAAACUGGACGUUUUAUGGGUGUGUGUGAAAAAACGCUACCGUUUCUGGGAAAAACGCGGGAGUGGCUGGAGAAACGGAGGAGUGUCUGGGCGAACGCUGGGUGUGUUUGUGACGUCAAACCAGGAACGACAAGCACUGAACUGAUCGCAGAUGCCGAGUAAGUGUGGAGCUACUCAGAAACUGCUAAGAAGUGUCUAUUCGCAAUUCUGCUAAUCUUUCGUUCGCAAUUUUAAUAUGCUAAGAUUCACUCCCAGUAGGCGGCGGCUUAGCGUGUGCAAAGCUGCUAAAAGCAGCUUGCGAGCGAACAACUCGGAAUGACCCCCAAGGUGUAUAUGAAACAUAAAUGCAUUCUGUGCUUAGACUUGGGUCCCAUCGCCAUGAUAUCUCAUUAUGGUAUGCAAUUAUUCCAAAAUACGGAAAAAUCCGAUAUCCAAAAUACUUCUGGUCCCAAGCAUUUUGGAUAAGGGACACUCAACCUGUACUUCUAUUUCCUGACACGUACUGUACAUGUGUUCCCUUUGUACCAGCCUCCCUGUUUCUGCUCCAACUGGUAACAAUUGUGGAGGGUUUAGCUAUUUAAAACUUACAUAUGAUAGUGCUCCAACCAAUAAGCUCCUGUCUUGUGUUUAAAAAAUGACAGGAGCUGAUUGGCUGGAGCACCAUUUAUUAUAUCCAAUGAGUUUUAAAUAGCUAAAACUCAUUGAGAAAUUGGCCCCUUAGUUCUGUUUUAAGUUGAAACAACAAUAUUUGAACGGUGCUACAAUUUAGUAAACGUAAAAUACUUUGCCAAGUGCCAUGGGCCUAUAUGUACUAGCUACAGGUCUGUAUUGUUCUUCAAUGACAGUGUCAUAUUGGCUUUUAAAGUAAAACAUAAAGAUAUAUGGGGAUUUCUCAUAUUUAUAGUACAACGAACUAACAAUAUACCCAUGGGUGAAAAGGCCAAAAAUAAUAAAAUUAUUUUUUUUUACUCCCAGCUGCCCAUUCCGCUCUCAGAAACAAGGUACUAGCCAUGAAAUUACCUGCCAAUGAGUAAUUCCACUAGAAGAGGCUGUACAUCUAUUAUGUUUACAUAAGGGUGUAAAAUAUAGGAAACAGUUUUAUUACCUCAGGAAUCUUUUAAAGAAGAUGAUAUCAGUAAACAUGGUAAACACAAUAAGAAGGGGUUGAGUACGGUUGGGAUUGUGACCGUCGGGAUGUCGAAUACUUCCCAUAAGAGCACAUUUAUCACAUGGAUGUUUAUUUCUCAAACGUAUUUUUAUAUUGUAGAUCAUGCUCAGUGAUUAAGCGUGGGGUUCUACGUAAGCUUGUGGGUAAUAAAAUAAUGAUUGAGCUUACUGUACAAAACAGCAGUGUCCUUGUGAACUGUUCCCUAUUGAGGGAGCAACCAUUUACAAAUACUAGCCAAAGGGUAAUGCAGUUUACCAUUACCUUAAUGUAAACAUACAGUAUACAAGUAAUGUCAAAUACCUGAGAGGCAGGUUGUCCAUCAAGGAGGCGCCCUGGAAGAUGGACAUUUAGGUAAGACAGAAAGCUAGGUUUUUUGACUAUUCUCUGUUACCAUUAAACUUAAUAGGACAAGUAUAGCUUUCAUUACCUCUAGCUGAGAGACCCAGAUAGAAUUCUCUCUAUUCACCAUAGUCUUUGUACUGGCAAUGGUUAGAACCUUAUUUUAAUUGUAUGAACUGAUUUUACACCAGACAUAACAUGCAGCAUGAUAGAAAAAAAGUAAAAUGAUCACUGCCGGAAGCUAUUUGUUAUUGGAAUAUAAACAGCAGUCCAAGGGUUGUAAUACAUGCUUUAAAAUUCAAAGAUUGUCUUAUUAAAUACAUGAAAUGCUGCCUAUUGUUGCUAUUCAAUUUGUUCUGGACACCCUUUAAUUAUCAUGCUUAUCGUGGCCAGUUAGACAGGGUUUAGCCAUGCAGCAAAACUCAUCUAAACUAAUGGGCGCGACAGAGAAAAGUCCUGUUUGGUUGCCCAAAUAGCCGACUUUUCACACAUUUCAGCUCGCAGCCUCUGGAGGCAUCUGAUCGGAGCAACAUUUGACAUUUGAAUAGCUCCAAUAGACACCUAUUAGUAUUCUACACCUCACAAACCUUUGAAUAGCCCCCUCUGUGCAUGUUACAUCUGCCCCACCUGUAGUGCAACAUGGUUUUGCCCAAUUGCUAACUUUUUUGGUUUGCUAACAACUCUGAAUAGCCCUCUUAAACUUCUACCAGUAGGGGCUUACACAGUUGGUGGAGACAGCAGGUUUAUCUGCAGGAGUAGUAACUGCAGGCAGACUGGCAGGGAGACAGUUAACUAGAGUAUAACUAUAGGUAACAGUAGGGGCUUACAACUGUGUAAGCCCCUACUGGUAGAAGUUUAAGAGGGCUCAGGACUCCGAAACCAGGUGUAGCAAGGAUCUCUCAGUGUAGUAGGCAGACUGUGGAUGUGGGCUUUUCCAUAAGAGUAAUGUGAAUUCAGGAAUGUAGCAUGCUACUUUAACACAGGUGGAAUGCAGCUGAGGGAUGAAUGCACAGUUCUGAGUCAGAGCUUGAAUGUAGUACAAGGAUAUAACACAUUGCUGAUUGAACCAAUAUCCACGGUAAUGGAGAUAUAGUCUGUAUUUGUUAUUGGAACAGCAGAGUAACAAUACAUGAAACCAGGGUCGGAUUGGUUAUAGGACCCACAGAUAAGAGCCCGGCAGGCUGAUGUGCAUGCAGGGUUUGUUUUGUUUGUUUGUUUGUUGACAUGGUGCUGCCACCAUGGUUACACGGUAUACCUCUGGUGCUGCUCAUGUGAGACCACAUCUACAAAUUUUUCCAGAGACCCUUUCAGUUCCUAAUCCGCCUCUGCAUGAAACAAGAAACCACAAUUGCAGUCAAAGGCAGAGAGAUAUGUACAGUAGUACUAGCGUGGAAAUCCAAAGUGAAAUAGCAGUGAUUAUUAGCCUGGGAUUACAGCAAAGCAGAGGUGGGAACCACAGCAAUAGUAAAUGCACUGAGCACAUAGCAAGGUACAAUACAGCAGGUACUUAGCUGAGGGGUUUCCUGAGAACACAGCUAGGUAGAACAAGGAUUGUCACAAGAACAGUGGCCGACUGUCAAGGCUUCAAACUAGGAAUAGGUACUGGAACCUAGAUGCAGGAAACAGGAACUAUCACCGGCACAGGACACAAGGCAGACAGGGAAUACGUAAGGAAUGCAAGUAUCUGAUAGGUUGCUAAUGUCAGCUGACACCAGGUGCAUUCUAACUGGAGGGAAUGCAACCAGCUGACAUGCUCCAACAGCAACAGAAACAUAACAGUAAUGGUACUAUGAGAAUGUUUAAUACUUUCAAACCAGUAAAGUGUUCAGGUAGAGUACAACAAACUGCACUGUAAAAUGACUAUUUGCCAUAACUUUGCACAUUUCUGCAUAAUCUUAGUAGUCUGUUACAAGUAUAAAUUGUAGUUUGUUCAGUGGGUAGAAGGCCAUAAGAUAAGAAUAAACACCUCCAGGAAUUGCUGCACAUGAAUUAAACUGAUAACAAAUUUUUAUAUUUUAUUAUAAAUUUAUAAGUUCUAAAUAUCAUCUUUUUUUUUAAAUUCUAAUCAUUUUUACAGCCAAAACUCUGGAGUAUACUGGAGUAUGUAAGAUGAAGCUCUGCCUACCCUGACCAUACGUCUUAGAUACAGUGCAAUUCUAAUAACACUCUACAGUAUGUACACACAAUACAACAUUACAGAUAAGCUCCUCAUGAGUAAAGUAUGAUUUCAUAUUGUACCGAAUUGUAUUCAGCUCAGUACCAUUCCUAAAAUAACAAUGCAUCAUAUUGUAGAUGUUCUGCUUUGCCAUUAAUAUCAAGACUUUGAUGGGAACUUUUUAGUUCAGGAAAAAGAAAAAAUAAUUUAAAAUGUAUGCUACACGUGGAAGUAAAAGUUAUAUUUUUUUCCUUAGUUUGGUGAAAGCAGGUAGAAUUCUAUUAGUGACGUAUAACGUAAGCUGUGUGUGUGCCAAUAGUAAUUCAGGUUUGUAACUCAACCUAAAACUGUAAGUUUAUAAAGUUUUGAAGACCGAAAAAGAAUGUUUAAACUCUACAAAAUGUAGACAGAUGUAAAUAAUGUAUACAGAUUGUAUUUGAUGGCUUACAAUAUUUAAAACAUUUUUUUCUUUAAAGAAAACUGCUGUUUUUAUGAAAUUAAAAAUCUUGUUUGAUCAGU